AUGUUCACGGUGCCGACGCCUCAAUGGACCCUAGUCCUUCGCCAGCAGGACACAAACGCCAAGGAGAAGGUGCGAAAGAGAGUCGAGAGGGCUCAGAGGCGUCGAGCUCAGGCUGGUGGAGGUCAGCUACAAGGGAGAAACAUCACUUCACUGCCGCCGGCCUGGACGCCAUUUGUCGGCCCUGAGACGCCGAGUGUCUACAAAUUCUUCACUGACUACACCUCGAGGUCUGGAAUUGCUUACCUCACAUCUUUGAAAGACUGCUAUGCAUUGCAGCCUGCUCCGUGUCUUGCCAACGCCAUUCACGCCGCAGCGCUGGCCAGCGUGGCCCGCCAGCGCUCCGAAGUCGGGCUAAUGGAUCGCGCGCGGUUGACAUAUGGAAAGGCGAUACGCGAAGUGAAUAGGGCAAUCCAGGAUGAGGUUCUGGUAAGAGAUGACUCGGUGCUCGUUUCGCUGUUUGUCAUGGGUUUCUUUCAGGUAUGA